UUGUGGAAGUGAAAACGCAACGCAGGGAAAAUGUCGAGUCUUCUUUUGAAAUUCCUCGUGGUUGUGGUCGUCCUGUUCUCCGUAUAUCAGUCCACCGCUGCCACCCUUCGCCCCGGAAGGGACCAGACCUUGAUCCGCAAGACUUGCAAGAAGACCAGGAACUACAACCAAUGCGUGAAAUCUCUCAAGGACGAUCGCCGUAGCUACGACGCCACCGAUGCGCCCGAGCUUGCGAAGAUCGCGAUCGAGCAUGCACUAGCGAAUGCUAACCACCUAUAUAAACAGACGAAUGCAUUGAGGAAGAAGACGGGAUAUGACGACAAGACGAUCCGAGCAAUGGAGACUUGUUCAAAAAUAUAUGGAGAAGCAAUCGAUUCUCUCAUGCAAGCAACACAGGCAAUCGGAGCCAAGGAUUACAAAAGUGCUAAUUUAUAUACUAGUGAAGUAAUCGACGCCGCAGACACUUGUAGUCAGGAGUUCCGGGAGUCAGCUCGGAAAAUGCCAUUUGCUCGGAGGAAUGGAAUUCUUAAUGACCUCGCAGUUAUCGCUUUAGAUCUCGUGGCGCAUCUUUAGGGUGGAUUUUGGUUGCACCAAAUAUCAUGAAUUUUCAUGAUAUUUUUUUAUUAUUAGUCGGUCCAACUUGAUUUACAUUUUCAUGAUAUUUGGUGCCACAAAAUGCAACCAUUUUUAUUUUUAUUUUUAUUAAUGCUGUUGUUUAUUCUAUAUAUAACAUAAUACAAAUAAAUCUCAAGGAGAAUUUUACAUGAACUUUUUAUUUUUUUGAAAAAUAUAAGGGCACACCACCCUAUAUUAUAUU